CAAUGGAGCUUCUUAUCCCAUCUCAAGUAAUAGGAACAUUUGUAGCCUUAAUCUUGUUGGUGUAUUACUGUGUAGGCAGAAACAAAAGCGGCAAGGGAAGGGAAGCCCCAACACCAUCUGGUGCCUUGCCAGUCAUUGGUCAUCUCCAUUUGCUUGGGGGACAAAAUCCGCUUCCACGAACGCUUGGAGCUAUGGCCGACAAGUAUGGCCCGGCCAUGUUGAUCAGACUCGGCGUACAUCGUUCGCUGGUUGUCAACAGUAAAGAGCUGAUCAAGGACUGCUUCACUACCAACGACAGGAUUUUAGCUACACGCCCUCAUUUCGCUGUAGGUAAGUACUUAGGCUUCCACUAUGCUGUAUUUGGGUUAUCACCUUAUGGUUCAUAUUGGCGUGAGAUACGUAAGAUGUCCACUGUUGAGCUACUCUCCAAUACCCGUCUUCACAAGCUCAGGCAUGUUAGGAUCUUUGAAGUAGACAGAUCCAUCAAACAAUUGUACUCACUUUGGGCGGCCAAGGACAACAACAACAGUACUACUGGCCGACGACCUAUCAAGGUGGAGAUGAAGCAGUGGUUUGAACACCUUACUUUUAAUGUCAUCACCAAACUGAUGACUGGGAAACGUUUUUAUGGGAGCAAUAAUAAUAUUGGUGGUGCUGGAAAUCAUGAAGUUGAAGAGGAGGAGGCCCAACGAUUCCGGAAAGCAAUGUCUCAAACGGCGUACCUAAGUGGGUUGUUUGUUGUAUCGGAUGCAAUACCCUAUUGUGAAUGGUUGGACUUGGGAGGACAUGUUAGAGCCAUGAAGUCUACUGCUAAGGAAUUAGAUUCUAUAAUUGGAAAUUGGAUUGAUGAACAUCGUAUUAAUGGUGGUUACAGAAGGAUCCAUAAAGAAGAAGAAGAAGAAGAUCAGCUGGACUUCAUUGAUGUGAUGCUAUCCAUCAUUCCUGAGGACAAAUUGAUGUAUAGUUAUGAUCGUGACACUGUCAUCAAGGCAACUGUAAUGCAACUCAUCGGAGGUGGCUACGAAACCACCUCCUCCACCCUGACAUGGGCACUUUCUUUGCUAUUGAACAAUCGCCAAGUGCUGCAAAGGGCCCAGGAAGAGCUGGUCGUCCAUGUUGGCACAGACAGACGCGUUGAAGAAUCAGACAUCAAGAACUUGGUGUACCUCCAGGCAAUUGUAAAGGAAACUUUGAGGCUAUACCCACCUGUACCUUUAUCGGUACCACAUGAAGCCAUGGAAGACUGUCAAGUAGGAGGCUAUGAUGUCCCCAAGGGCACACGUGUGCUUGUCAACCUGUGGAAGCUUCAUCGGGACGCUCAAGUGUGGUCAGAUCCUCAUGAAUUCAAACCAGAGAGGUUUCUCACUACACAUGCACAAGUAGACUUUAUGGGUCAGAACUUUGAGUUCGUUCCUUUUGGAUCCGGCAUACGAUCAUGCCCGGGUAUCGCAUUUGCCAAGCAAGUCUUGUACUUGACUCUUGCUCGACUGCUACAAGGAUUCAAUUUUGAGACACCUUCACAGGAACCAGUAGACAUGACUGAGAGCUUAGGCAUCACCAUGCCCAAAGCAACCCCACUAGACAUCUUUCUAACCCCAUGCCUUCCUUCUAAGCUCUAUGAAGAUUAA